CUCAUACUAUCACGGGGAUUAAGUUUAGAGUCGCGUUCUACGAUCAGGACAUUCAAACAACAACGAAAUCGCACCGUGGAAUAUUGAUUCUCUGCAUCGGACAGAUAAAUUGCUUUGGUUAUAAUGCUGGUACGGUGAUCCGUACCCAGAUUGAGUACCGGAAGUCAGAUUCCAAAAGAGUCGAUCCGGUCACGUACCACACGUUACAAAUUGAACCCAACUGCAACAAUUUCAAUGUCUAGUCCUACAAAGGCCAGCCCAAACCGACCCUCGUUGAGUUCUUAACGAGCAUUGUGAAUUUGGAGAAUGCUAUGUCUGGCACCGAGAUCAACAGCGAGAUUUCCUACAUCCUUGCUGUUUUGGACUAUCUCCAGACGAAUCAAAUGCUUGUACACUACGAGAAAGAGAGUAUAAAGAAAAUGUUGGAGCAAAUCAAAUCUCUGCAGAUCAAUGCUCCAAAACUCUCAAAGAUCCCGGGCAUUUCAAGGCUCAGCUGGGGUUUUUAUUCUUCAUCCAAGAAAACCUGGGUGACAGCGAGCAGGAUGAAGCUUCCGUCAGGGGUGAAGUUCCAGUUUCUCUGCUUCGGAGUUCAGCACUGCUUUGGCCUUGAUUCUGAUGGGAAAGUCCAAGAUAUAGCACCUCAACUUUCGGGUGCAAAUUUUGUUGAUACACGAUACCACCUCGCGUGGGACAAUUCAAAAGAAUACCCUUCAUUCAAUCUGAAAAAAUUCGAGGAAUUCUCCAAAACGUCUACAUUCUUCACUCGCUUGUUCAGCACUCCCUUCGCAGAUAUUGAGCCUGCCAUCGAGAAGGAGAUUGGACUGAAGAAAGGAGUUGAUGAGGACGAGAAUACGUUUUUCUUCCGUGCCUUGUUGAAGUAUAUGGCGUCGAAGGAAAUAAUCACUAAUUACAACGAACAGAGAUAUGACCAGGAGAUCAAGGAUUUGGAACUCAUCAGGACGAAGGAUUCGAAGGCUCCCACUCUCCUCGAUAAUUCAAACACUCCCAGGGUGAUGGGCAGUGGUUCUACGCAGGCAGGGGCACCGGAGGGCUCUGGUAACAAUUCCUCUGUUGGGGGUUCAACAAGAGUGACUGUAUCCAGUUUGCUACGACCGAAUGCCACUUUCGAUCCCAACAUUAAUAAUCUACUAAAUUAGUUGAGGGCAUUGCUUACGCUGGCAGCCGGUUGUACAUCUUGACCUGUCUUAAUUUGGAGAUCAUAUCGGAUGUUUACUAUCCAAUACUCCCAAAAGCUGAAUCUGAAACUGGUGUUUUCAUCGUUGACUAAUACAUAAACUGCUGGAAGAUGAAAAGAGGAAGAUGAACAGAGAUGGAUGGCGACUAGCGUCAUCUAUGGCCAUCAAAACUGAAUUGUUGUGAUUGUCGCUCAUUAUUUCAGAGGAUAUCGGUCUUUCCAAUUGCCAAACGGUCGCAAUUUAUGAAACAUUGAAGUCCGGAUAAAUUCCAUGUUGAUGCUGUAAGUGUGAUUUCUGCAACUGAGGCGUCGACUGUAAUGUCCUUGUUGUUCCGGAUGUGCAUUGCCUGACAUUCUCUAUUCUUCUAUGGCAC